AUGGCAGUAUCCAAUCCACCAAAAGCACCCACAGACCAGCUGCGCCUCGAGUGCUUUAAAAUGCUCUCAAGGCUCCAGCUCAUCUUGGAAUUCCGGCCAUGGCUCGAAUACACGCGAGAUCAUAUACCCAGAAGAGUUGACUCGCCCUUCCUGCUCCUCUGGGACUGCUUUUCGUUUGGUGCGCCGUUGAGCACGCUCCUGGAGCUUCUAGGUUCGCCAACACCUCGACAUAUGGUCGUCUCGGCUGAGUAUUUCGAUUUCAAUCUUUCGAUGGACGACCGCAAGGAAUUUUUCGUUAACUUUAUCGAUCGCGUUCAUGUGCUUGAAGAGCAAGGGAGAUUGUCAUAUGGAGAAGUGGUGCGUGUGGAUGAUUUUACUAGUGGUGGUUUCGCGAAGGUAAUACAUGCCGCCAACCGUAUCAUAGUCGCACUCCAAGCGUCGUUCCCGGGUCUCUUCGUGGUUCCUCGCGGUUCUCCUGCCAGAAGGCUUAGUUUAGUCAAUCAAUUGAUGGAAGCUGAGCGGUCUCAUGUUUCAAGACUUGCGCUAGUAGCGGAUGCUGCUUCACUGCUAUACGAACAAAUGGAUGCGAUGGACGCGUCACUGGAAGUCUUUAUUGUUAACUGUUCCAGGUUGAUGCCGUACCAUGACCACGUACUACAGUCUUUGACUGGAGCGAAAGAUGCAGGGCAGGAGCAAUGGGAGGAAGUUUUUGCCUUCACUGCCAUUUUGGAUGUAACGUCCCCAGACAACCCUUCCUCCUACGACUCCCUUUGCGCUAUGGCGUUUGAGAUGCAUGACAUCUCGGAUUCUAUCGAAGAAGUUGGGCGCGAGUUGCGCACUAUGGCAUCCAUCCCAGCCCUAAACUCUCGUAUAGGAUCAGCAAAACUAUUUCCAAACGCGGAGGCGCUCGGUGCUGUGAUUCUGGACGAUCAUUUAAUGGGUGAUCCCGCAACAGGGCUACACUUCUCCGUCUUCCUAUACGAGACUAUGAUGUUUUGCUGCGUUGAGAAAGGGCUUUCUGGUAACGGUGGGACCCAUACGUUGUACCCUAUCAAGCCUUGGGAGUUGGGUCCCGCUCUAUCUCACAACACGCAGCUUGCUGUAUCGUUUGUGAUACGAACUGCAAGCCUCAAGACGUUACAUUGCAUUGACACAGCCUUCUUUGAAAUUACGUGGUCGCACUCGCCAACGGAAGAUCGCUCGGUUAUAUUCUACCCGAUGAUGCCCCUUCAGUACACGCAGUGGACUUCACAACUUGAGAUGUUUGUAAGCCGCGUGUAUCAUUCAACGUCCAUCCCCGUGGAUACUAGGGCAGGAGCCGAAGGCGAUAACUUUAGCGUCCUCUCCUCCGCUAUGUCUCUCAUAGUCACUGGCGAUGAGACCAUACUGGGCCGACGCAGAUCGACCGCCAGGCCCUGGAGCAUGAUUGGCAGGAAGGGCCCUCGAUCUGAUAGCUCAUCUGUAAUACAGAAGGGCGAUCAAAUUUCCAUCCUUAGCCCGACCCUCCUUCCAACGCUUUUUACAAACAGUUCUGCGACUUCAAAGAGUCCCACCCGGUCUGGCUUUAGCGUGGACAUCCCUCCUUUGACGCCUUUGUUGGCUACUUUUUUCUCCGAGACAGAUGAAACUGUGCCCAACCUGACUGGAAAGAUUGUCAGGGAGGGCCAAUACCCCAUCGCACAUGGAGGGUACUCGGAUAUCUGGAAGGGCGUGUUACAGCAAGACGACUCACGGGAGCUCAAGGUCGCUGUCAAAGUUCUCCGAAACACAACGAGUGACCCGGUAUUGAAAGCGAAACUCGUAGAACGCCUCAAUCGUGAGCUCAAUAUCUGGAAGAGACUCUCUCAUCCACGCAUCCUUGAGCUAUGCGGCACCGUUUCCAAUUUCGGUCCGUACACCUCGAUGGUCUGUCCGUGGAUGGAAAACGGAAGUGUCAGCCAAUACAUGGAGAAAGCUGGGGACCUGUUGUGUAUCGCAGAACGACUAAGAUUGAUUGACGAGGUGGCCGAUGGGUUGUCAUACCUCUGUCUUUGUGAUUUCGGCCUCUCCAGCAUUGUCCAAGAACUUCAAGGGCCUCAGUCGUAUGCCGCCUCCAACCUUGGAGGAUCCGUUCGUUGGGCUGAUGCCCAUUUUUUCUCAAGUGGGGUCUACGAAGACGAUCAACUUCCCCAAAUGACAACUGCAAGUGAUAUCUACUCCUUUGGGAGCGUCAUGCUCGAGAUUCUUUCGGGUCGUAUGCCCUAUCAUUACCUGCGGACUGACGCUCAAGUCGUUAUGGAGCUUCACCAAGGCGUCAAGCCACGUCGACCGGCACCAUCGUUUGUGGAUGAUGAUCAAUGGUCACUCAUCCAACGAUGUUGGACAGAUCCACCCUCAAGUAGACCUGACAUUGGGGAUGUUCGGGAGAGUGUUCAGGACCUGAUGCAAGGAUUUCUUGCCAGCAACCACCACCUCGCACGAACUGGACGGACGCGCGACGAUUUCGCGAAUGCAACGGAGACUAACGUUGACACCGCGGUCAUGAAAGUUAUUCUCAGAUGUAGCACCAUGCCAUUAUCCGUCUCCGUGGUUGCCUCCUUCACUCGUCUCAAGAAUUCUCGAGGGGUCUUUAGGGCGUUACAUUGGGGCCAAGUUCGAAGAUCUCGAGCUGCUUUAAAGCACAAUGAUCCUUUACGACUUGCAGACUUGGAUCGGAGAUUCUUGGAACCCCUGCCGACUGCGUCAUCCCCGAGCAUGUGCACGGAACUUCACCACGAAAUAUCCACACUUGACCCAAAGAGUCUGAAGCAAGCUGACUACAUCGACGUCUCGAACUAUGACCGGAUCUCUAUCCACCCGUCAUCAGCACCAUAUCCAGCCCUUCCACCUGGCACAUUCCGUUCAAUGCCGUCCUCCUGCAGAAUCGAGUACGAGCCUACGGUGGUCGCGACCCCAACUGGGAUCUUCUUUUCUUCCUCUACAUUUCCGCCGGGCACCUCCGGCUUCCUAUACUUCUAUACGCCCUCAAAUGGAGUCGUCAUAGGCAGUGAACUACGUUUCAGGAUCACUUCCAGCGACGAUCCCCAUGCCUUCAAAGACGGACAAGACCUAAUAGCACUGGAUGGAACAACGUGGAGAAUACCACUCCUCACGUUGUGCCGACGGCGUUUGCUCUAUGGGUUAUACCAACGAGCGCAGCUGGAUGGGUUUAUCCCUAAAAUACUGGUCCCCCGACUUCGCGACCUCGCAGAACGGUGUCCUGUCAACCGCAGGAGCAUAGUGCUGCACUCGCUCAGGCAGCCUUUUCAUCUAUCCUUUGACACGACUGUGCUCAGGUUCUGGGUCGCGACUGAUAACGGCUGUAUCAAGGUGUCCAUUACAAAUCCUUUCCAUAUCGGAGCUCAACUGCCCCGUCCACCAUACACCGGCAGCGGCAUCGUCCAGCUCGAGCCCUCCUCUCUCAGGCGACACCAGCACUUCCGGAAACUCGUGUUACGAAUCCUAAAAAUCACAAAGGACGAAACAUACAAGGGUUUCGACAAACCAAAGGAAGGGGAGCUGAUGAGGAGACAUCACCGCCUUGGCCAACACAAGAUUUGGAGCUUUGACGUUGAUUCACCACCCGAGUCGGUGCGACACCCCGAGGCGCUCAAGUUCCUUUAUCAAUCGUCUUAA